AACCGGAAGUGGAGGCGCUGCUGCUGCCGCUGCUGCUGCUGCCGCUGCUGCCGCUGCUGCUGGGGCCCGAGGAGGGACGCGCCGGAACGGGGCCGCCGGGACCGUGCGAGCUACAGACGCCGCCGCCGCAGCCGCUUAGGGGCCCUCAGGGACCCUUCGCCUGAGUGUAGAAUGAGCCAAGGAGACUCAAACCCAGCAGCUAUUCCACAUGCAGCAGAAGAUAUUCAAGGAGAUGACAGAUGGAUGUCUCAGCACAACAGAUUUGUCCUGGACUGUAAAGACAAAGAGCCUGAUGUUCUGUUUGUGGGGGACUCCAUGGUGCAGCUAAUGCAGCAAUAUGAGAUAUGGCGAGAGCUUUUUUCCCCACUUCAUGCACUGAAUUUUGGAAUUGGGGGAGAUACAACAAGACAUGUUUUGUGGAGACUAAAGAACGGAGAACUGGAGAACAUUAAACCUAAGGUCAUUGUUGUCUGGGUAGGAACAAACAACCAUGAGAACACAGCAGAAGAAGUAGCAGGUGGAAUCGAGGCCAUCGUUCAACUUAUUAACACAAGGCAGCCACAGGCCAAAGUCAUUGUAUUGGGUUUGUUACCUCGAGGUGAGAAGCCCAACCCUUUGAGGCAAAAGAAUGCCAAGGUGAACCAACUCCUCAAGGUUUCCCUGCCGAAGCUUGCCAAUGUUCAGCUCCUGGAUACAGAUGGGGGCUUCGUGCACUCAGACGGUGCCAUCUCCUGCCACGACAUGUUUGAUUUUCUGCAUCUCACAGGAGGGGGCUACGCAAAGAUCUGCAAACCCCUCCAUGAACUGAUCAUGCAGUUAUUGGAGGAAACACCUGAGGAGAAGCAAACCACCAUUGCCUGACUGGCCCCCAUCAGUGUUAAUAGCAUCCCAGCUUCCUCAGAUCAGUUAUAUCACUGGCACUACAGAAUCCUUCUCUUUCUUAAGGCACUUUGCAUUGUAGAAUGUUCCUGGAUGUUCAUAUCUAGUGUUCAAAGGGGAGGAGGGAUUUAAACUGGUCCUGUACAUAUGUUUGUUUGACACCACAGAAAAAUAAGCCAAGGAAGAUUGUUUAAACUCAGUUGAAACAAGAAGGGGACUUUUUAGUUCUGUAUGACACAUCCAUUGAAAUUUCACUGUUUUUCCUAGCACAAUAUCAAGUCCAAGUACUGAAAUGAAUAUUCUUUUUUCUUUCCCCUUUCUAUGGAUAAUGUUAUAUAUAAUAACCAGAAUCACAACCUACUUGGCUUUAAAUCAGAUUCUCCCCCACCCCCAGCCUCAGUUUUUAAGGUUCAUAAUGUAGCAGGUUUUUAUUUUGCUUUACUCAUAAUGUAUUCUCAGUGUUUUCUUAACAUGUAGCAUCAGAUUGAACAUGCUUGUCAUUCAGAUAGGGGAGAUGCUGUCGUUACAAUUGAAUUUGUUUCACUCUUAAUCUUCCCCAGGCUUAGCAGGUUUGUCCCAUUUGGGGGACUCUGUGGAAGGUAUUUUGCUGCUGAUGGCAUGUCUGUAGUAGACCCACAUGUGUGCAGCCUCUCCUUCCUACUCCCUCCUACCCCCCGUCUCUCUUAUUUUGUUCUUGUCCUUGUUGACAUUACAAGCCUUUGACACAUUUUUGACUUGGGAGCUCGGUUGCUGGAAGUGUAAGUCCCCAACGAUUACUCUUGUGAUAAUAUUACUCUUGUGAUAUGUAACUCAUUCUUGUGCAGUGUUCUGUGCUAUAGAGUCUGUCUAGUGCUACCCAUAUUCAGAGUUCUGGUUUGUUUUUUUCCUUAACCAACCUCUUACAGUUUGCUGUUUGGGAGAUGGAGGUGGAGGUGGGGAAAAAAAUCAAACCCCGAACUCUCUCACUCCAUAAGCUUUGGCAUAUUUCAAGUUUUAUAGUAUCUUAAGGUAUAUAUUUUAUUUUUUUAUUGGCUUAAUUUCUAAAUUAUAUCAGUUCAGAAAUUUUUGGCCUAUUCUCAUGGAGAACUAAGUGAAGCUGCUUUUCUGAAUAGACAUGCUACCUUUAUCACCAUUUUUGUAAUAAUAAAAAAGAACUAGGUUUGCUUAGCUUUCAGGUUUUCUUUAUUGUAUCUGAGAGUUCCUUUCAAGAGAGCCCCUUAUAAUCUUAAUGGUUUGCUUGAGUAGCAGCAACUGCCAUUUAAGAAAUGAUGGGAAAUAGAUGGAUUACUGACUAACAUAUCUAUGUAUAUGCACAAACUGGAUCAACAAAUAGUUUGAACUGGACCAGGUGGGUGUUGAACUAACCCAUCAAUAUGUGAUCUGUCAUGAUUCUGUUUAAUGCUGAAAUUUGGUAACAAAGGUGUAUAUUUUAUGCCGUGCUUGCAAAACAAAUGACGUUGCUUUUCUGUGUUGGAGGGACUUUGCUGAUUUGUCCUAAGAGCCACUUCUGAUUGAGAAGGGUCGAACUUGGGCUGCCUUUUUUUCCUUGUCAAGCCUCUUUCUAGAAAAUUUUUUUGCCUUUUAAGAAAAAAAUAUGUACUUUUUGGAAUGUAUCAUGUCUUCAUUAGCAACAGAAAAUACACAUGGUGUUUACUAAA